CCCUUCGCGGCCGUGCUCCCGGUUGCCCAAGCUAUUUUUUUACGUCCGAGCAAGUCGAGUGUUGACGGUAAAAGAUACAAAUGAAAUGACAACUUACUUACUGCGAAUGCGAGGAAGGAAUAUUGGAUUUUUGGGUUUGGUCGGCUACAAUAUAUUACUUGGCCGGAACGAUCGAUGCUAUAAGAAGGAAGGAUAACAGGAGAGGAGUCCUCAGAACAUUACACAUUAUGAGGAUUGCGUAAUUUUGGGAUGCAAAUUUUGAUACCAAUUUCAAUAUACAAGAUACGAAUUAGUAUGUAAGGUACUAACAAAAAAUGUGAAUAAUUCAUCAGUUUAGCUUGUGACUGAAUUUCACGAGAAGGCUCCCGUGCUCAGGAGAUAAACUUGUAAAAUACUGACUGCCACUAAAGUUCUGAAGAUACCAGGAUGAUUGCAAGCGAGAGAAGAAUCGUGUCCGAAGGGGAAACUCGCCAUUCGCUUACAAAGAAGUUGGCCUUAUCUGGCCGGCCGGUCAAAAUAUAUGUCAUUGAUCCAAAGCAAUUUCAAGACCGCUUGCAGAAAUAUAAUGUCGACCCAAACGAUGGUGCUACUGAAGAUGUCAAGUCAAACAAGUCGGAAGAACAACCCCCACAAACUAAGGGGCAACAAAUACAGAAACCCACCAUCGAGGCCACAACAACAAACCUUCCUCCUGGUCUUAUGAUGAAGGUUUCCGUCCCAACUUACGAAAAUUAUAAAAUGAGUCAUCAUCCCGUUCUUAUCGCUCCAAAAGAACAACAAAUGACUACUGGAACGACAAUAAUAUUACCUCCGACCGCCACCCUGCUGCCGAUACCAAUGUCACUCUCUUUGCCCAUUAUGCAUGUCGGAACAUCUGCACAUCUUGGUGCAACAAUGGGAAACGUUAUAACUGUGACUACUCCCAAUAUUUUACCUAAUGGCGUGACGACUCAUUCCUCAACUGAGGACCCUUCAUCAAACACCAGAACACGGAAGAAAAAGGUGGUCAAAAAGAAGAAACCUGUUAAACGAAAGUUAACGGCAGAGCUGUCUAAACGAAAUUCCAUCUCGGAAGAGAAAGCUGAAGCUGCAGAAAUGGCGUUUCUAAUGAAGGAGUCUACCACAAGGACGGGGCGAGUUUCAAAGUCCAAUACAAUGGCUUUAGCUGUGGCGACUGCUGUUUCUAGUACGCUGGGGGCUGUGUCUACCCCACAAGGAAUUGUAGGAGGAAGUAUGCCUGGGUCUCCGAUGAGUGCAAGCGGGGUUACCACGUCUGCCCACACUAGUAGGGGAUCAAGUCCAGCCCCGAGCACUAGCACUUCCAUUAAUACCCAACAAGUUCAACAGCAACCGCAGCCACCAGUCGUAAAAAAACGGAAACCUCCAGAAAAGUUCAAAUGUCAAACGUGCCAACGGUUUUAUCUGGGAAAUGCUAAAUUUAAUCAACAUUUUGACAAGUUUCCAGACCAUGUGAAACCAAAUCCAAGUGAAGCUACUGGCGGUGGGAGAAAGAAGAAGCCAAAGAAAUCCCUCCCAACUUCAACGGAACAACAACCUCUGGACCCGGAAGUCGUUUCAAAAACUGCAACUUUAAUAAACGAUGAACAUCAUCAUCAGGAACAACAGCCAAGUCCCAAACCCAAAUCUGUUCCCUUUACUCCUUCAAAUUGUGACGAUGACUCGCUGGGAAUUGGAGCAUUUAGUCCGAUUAUGAGACGAGGAAUUGCAUCUGUCCCAAAUCCUGACACCUUAUCAGACAAUUGCACUUCUCCAAAACUCCCUGCAUUUUCGAUGGAGUCGACAGAUUCCUCCUCCCCUGCUUUAUUUAUCGAGCGCAACAUUAGGGAUGAACAUCACAAUAGCAUGCAACAUUCUAACUCUGCUCGAGAAGAUUUACCUUCAGACCCACAACAGCGCGAAUAUUUCAUGGAAUUUCAGACUGACUUCAACCACGCUUCCAUUUCCAUGAAUCAAAUUCCUAACGAGCUUAUCGGAAACGGCUCAUGUUCUUCACAGCAAUCGUUCAACUCUUUAGAAAAUCUUUUAGGAGAUAGUAGUACUUCUCAUUUGGGGCCCCGUUUUCAAUCCCCACCAAUCCCCCGACCAACUUCGCGGUGUGACGUGAACGUACAAGUCGCUAAUAAUUCAACUACAAGGAUUUGCAAUACUGAUGUGUCCACCUUUUUCUCCGCCGCGUCAACUUCACACAGCAGUUCGUCGUCGCAUCAUCUUCAUGAUUCCAGUGUCAACGUUAGUUCCUACACAAGUGUUAACAGUUGCAGUAUUCCUGUCCCGACGACAACCUCAACUUCUUCGCCGCAACAAAAUAAUCAUCGUCUCAGCGGAAGUAGUGGGGAUGAAGAAAGUCGAGACGAUACGUGUUUGAGUGGUAAUCAUCAUCAUCGAGGAGCAGAUGACGGAAAAAAUAUUACGAAUGACAACAACUCAAGUCAGCCCAAAAGACGCAGUAUUUGGGAGUUUGUCAAAGAGCAGAUACGAUUAUGUGGUAUAAAUCAGACCUGUGGAGAGAUAUCUGACAUGGCUGACAAGUUGUCAAAGAUUGCACGGGAUAAAUUUUACCCGAUCCAGGAAGAGGAAGUGGAGCGACUUGGAAAUGCAUCUCCAGUCAUUCAGGUGGACAGCCCAUUCAUAUCGCACCUUCUUGAUCUACCCUUUGGCACCUACAUUUUUAAGGAAGAUGGUGGCAUUCGUAAAAUAGUUCCUCCGCCCACACCCGUCUCGACCGAAUUGUCACUCACGAACGGCGUGGAAGUUGACAUGGACAAGUUUUUAUCUCCAGACAUUGAUCUCAUAUCAUUACCUCACUUGACUAAUUUGGACUUUAACUCGAUUUGUAACUAAACUAACUCAUUUUUAAACAAUGUUCUUGCGGUAUUACUAAUAAUACUUCGUGUUUGAAAUGUAUGUACUUAAAAAAUACCAUUGCACGUUUUAUAGAAGUAGAUUAGAUACGUUUAAACUAAGGAAUGUUGUACCUUUUCACUGUAUAUGUGCAUAUAUCAUUGUACUGUACUCGGGUUUUACUAUUAUACUCACAUUAAUAUUAGCAUUUCAUAGCUUGGUUGUACUUUGUGUAAAAAAAAAUGAGCUCGAUGUAUUAAAAACCGUUGUAAUAUAUUAAA